GGAAAAAAAAAAACAACCCAAGUCCAGAAGCUGGCAUUGGAGAGGGAGAACAAGGUCAUGUGGCUCUAACCAUCCUACCCUCUGUCCCAGUGUGCAGAAGCUCUGAUUCCUCUUAUCCAAUCAUGCCUGGAAUGCAGCUUGCCACUUGGGUUAUUUCUGCUAUCUGUCGCUAUCGUUGGUGCAGUGCUAACAGUUUGGCAGAUGGGACGAUUUUUCUUGGAGUUUAUGUCUUUGAUUUUUAACUUCUGGCAGUGCCUGAAUUGUUGUUGUUGUUUCCCUUUCCCUUCCUGCCCUCCUGUUAAACCAUGGCCCAUCGGCUGCGGUUUCAUUUUGGCUCUGGUCGAAGCAACACAGCCCCUGAAUCAGAGAUCCUAGAUCGAGAGAGAGAAGACGACUUUUUUAUGGCAUUCCACACUUUGCCAAGGAGAAACAGUCCUCACCCAUUCUCUCAAAAUGGAGCAGAGUAUGGUGGCGGUAGUCUACAAGAAGUGGGAUCCCUCAAACGAAGCACAUCCAUGUUUAUCCCUCAGCUGCUGAAUAACAUUGAUGCCCGUCCAACAAGGAGCUCAUCUGUGCAAAUCUCCCUGCAGCGCAAAGCUGUGAACGGACAUACGGAUGAGUGCGGGGCACCAGACUCUCUUGAUGAGGACCUUCCCUAUAAAUUUUCAGACCUUAGGGAGAAUUUUACUACACCAGUAAGUAGACCUUCUUCAUCCCAAAGCAGCUCCCAAGGAACUUCAGAAAGAGAAUCCCCCAGUAAUUCUCCACCAAGGUUGCUUGAUGAUUUAGGACAACAGGUCAAUGGAUCUAAUAAUGCUUGCAGUCACAGAGUGUUUUGUACCAUUCCUUCAGAUACCCAAGGUGAUGCUGUCCCCUCAGUUGCUCAGGCUUUAGAAGGCAAUGAAAAUGCUUCAGGCUCGAACAUAACUGGAGUAAGAAUUCAGCAUCGUGCUUCGAGCGCAGAAAUGCGUCAGGUUAGACUCCUGCCCUUUGGAUCAGAAGUUCAGAACAACCCUUCAGCUCCUGAGCCCAGGCGUUGGUCUUUGCAACAUGUGCCAGAUGUAUCUUCUAGUUCUGGGAAAAGGUGUUUUGUUUUCCAGUUGCAGCAACCCCAAGCAAGUAUUCCAAGCCCUGGUGGUGAUUACAAUUUUGGAUUUACUGGAACAAAGGGGGACAGAUUGGUCAGGUAUCCAAGAAUAAGGCUAGAAAGGAGUACCUCUUAUCCAGUCCAACCUCGACCUGAACGAGUUAGCCCAAUGGAAGACAGAGUGAAUUCAGAGCCUCCUAACAAUAGCAGGAAUUGUCCUGAAAUACACAGGAGUAACUCAGUAGAAAGGAUUCCACAGAAUAAGGGCUGCACUUUCAAGAUUAGGCAAGAUCAGAAUUCCCGACAACAACAUUUUAGAAUUCUUGUCACUCGUGGUCAUGAAGAACCUCACCAGACUCUUGAAGAGAGUAGUUCAGACACACCUGCUUGUACAGCAGCAAACACUCUGACAAGAGACGACUUCCUUGGACAAGUGGACGUUCCUCUUAGUCAUCUCCCGACUGAAGACCCAACCAUGGAACGACCCUAUACAUUUAAGGAUUUCCUCCUCCGACCAAGAAGUCAUAAAUCCCGGGUAAAAGGCUUCUUACGAUUGAAAAUGGCAUAUAUGCCAAAGAAUGGAGGACAAGAUGAAGAAAAUAAUGAUCAGAGGGAAGAUUUAGAGCAUGGGUGGGAAGUUGUUGAUUCAAAUGACUCGGCUUCUCAACACCAGGAAGAACUUCCUCCACCUCCGCUGCCACCUGGGUGGGAAGAGAAAGUCGACAAUUUAGGCAGAACUUACUACGUCAACCACAACAACAGGACCACCCAGUGGCACCGACCCAGUUUAAUUGAUAUGUCCUCCGAGUCGGAUAACAACAUCAGACAGAUAAAUCAAGAGGCUGCACACAGACGUUUCCGCUCCCGGCGACAUAUUAGUGAAGAUUUAGAACCUGAGCCUGCAGAAGGUGGAGAUGUCUCUGAACCUUGGGAAACCAUUUCAGAGGAAGUGAAUAUAACCGGAGACUCUCUUAGUCUGGUCUUACCACCACCUCCUGCUUCUCCAGUAUCUCGGACCAGUCCUCAAGAACUGUCAGAGGAAUUGAACAGAAGACUUCAGAUCACUCCGGAUUCCAAUGGGGAACAAUUCAGUUCUUUGAUUCAAAGAGAACCUUCUUCAAGACUGAGGUCCUGCAGCGUGACAGAUGGAGUUGCUGAACAAUCUCAUCUACCACCGCAGAGUGCCCCAACUAGGAGAGCCCGUUCAUCAACUGUCACUGGUGGUGAAGAACCAACGCCAUCAGUGGCCUAUGUACAUACUACGCCGGGCCUCCCUUCAGGCUGGGAAGAAAGGAAAGAUGCUAAGGGACGUACAUACUAUGUCAAUCAUAACAAUCGAACUACAACUUGGACUCGGCCCAUUAUGCAGCUUGCCGAAGAUGGUGCAUCUGGAUCAGCUUCCAACAGUAACAACCAUCUAAGUGAGCCCCAGAUCCGCCGGCCUCGUAGCCUCAGUUCGCCCACAGUAACUUUAUCUGCGCCGCUGGAGGGUGCCAAGGAUUCACCCAUACGUCGAGCUGUGAAGGACACUCUUUCCAAUCCACAAUCCCCACAGCCAUCACCUUACAACUCUCCAAAACCACAGCACAAAGUUACGCAGAGCUUCCUUCCACCUGGCUGGGAAAUGCGGAUAGCUCCAAAUGGCCGUCCAUUCUUCAUUGAUCAUAAUACAAAGACUACCACAUGGGAAGAUCCACGACUGAAAUUUCCAGUACAUUUGCGCUCAAAGGCAUCUUUGAAUCCUAAUGAUCUGGGUCCUCUUCCUCCCGGUUGGGAAGAAAGGAUACACUUGGAUGGCCGAACUUUUUAUAUAGAUCAUAAUAGUAAAAUUACUCAGUGGGAAGAUCCAAGAUUGCAGAAUCCUGCUAUUACUGGUCCAGCUGUUCCUUAUUCCAGAGAGUUUAAGCAGAAAUAUGACUACUUUAGGAAGAAGUUAAAGAAACCAGCCGAUAUUCCAAAUAGGUUUGAAAUGAAGCUUCACAGAAAUAACAUAUUUGAAGAAUCCUAUAGGAGGAUCAUGUCUGUCAAGAGACCUGAUGUGCUAAAAGCCAGGCUGUGGAUUGAAUUUGAGUCCGAAAAAGGCCUUGAUUAUGGAGGUGUGGCCAGAGAAUGGUUCUUCUUGUUGUCCAAGGAGAUGUUUAAUCCUUACUAUGGUCUCUUUGAAUAUUCUGCCACGGACAACUACACCCUUCAAAUCAAUCCCAAUUCAGGCCUUUGUAAUGAAGAUCACCUGUCCUAUUUCACUUUUAUUGGACGGGUAGCAGGCCUAGCAGUGUUUCAUGGGAAGCUCCUAGAUGGUUUCUUCAUUAGACCAUUUUACAAAAUGAUGCUGGGAAAGCAGAUAACUUUGAAUGAUAUGGAGUCAGUGGAUAGUGAAUAUUACAACUCCUUGAAAUGGAUCUUAGAAAAUGAUCCUACUGAACUUGAUCUCAUGUUCUGCAUAGAUGAAGAAAACUUUGGACAGACAUACCAAGUGGACCUGAAGCCCAAUGGGUCAGAAAUCAUGGUGACAAAUGAAAACAAAAGGGAAUAUAUUGACUUAGUCAUCCAGUGGAGAUUCGUCAACAGAGUCCAAAAACAAAUGAAUGCCUUUUUGGAGGGAUUCACAGAAUUGCUUCCUAUUGAUUUGAUUAAAAUUUUUGAUGAAAACGAGUUAGAGCUGCUGAUGUGCGGCCUUGGAGAUGUUGAUGUUAAUGACUGGAGACAACAUGCUAUUUACAAGAACGGCUACUGCCCAAAUCACCCUGUCAUUCAGUGGUUCUGGAAGGCCGUGUUAUUGAUGGAUGCUGAGAAGCGUAUCCGGUUACUGCAGUUUGUUACGGGGACAUCCCGAGUGCCUAUGAAUGGAUUUGCUGAGCUUUAUGGUUCAAAUGGUCCUCAGCUGUUUACAAUAGAGCAAUGGGGAAGCCCUGAGAAAUUGCCCAGAGCUCAUACAUGCUUUAAUCGCCUUGACUUACCUCCAUAUGAAACUUUUGAAGAUUUAAGAGAGAAACUUCUCAUGGCCGUUGAAAAUGCUCAAGGAUUUGAAGGCGUGGAUUAGGCAGCUGCUACUUUUUGGAUGUUGUUAAUCAAGCAAGUUCUUCUUGCCCCUUUGCAUUUGCCUAAUGGACACCUAAGCCGCGAUGGCAGAACAGUUGCACAAAGUUGGUUUCUGGAGCAAACUCUUCGACAAUGCAGUUGCCUAAGGGCAGAAGUUGGAACUCUAGCCCAAGGAUAGUAUUUCUGCAUUUUCCACCACAAAUUAUCAACUGGUUGAUGUGUACACUAAUUACAUUUCAGGAGGACUUGUUCUAUUUAUGUUGGGCCUCUGUAGGCAAAGCCCUUAAUAAAUAUUUUACAUACUUUCUAAUGACAAUGAAUGGAAUUAAUCACUCUACAGGUAUAGUAUUACAGCUCAUGUUUACUUUUAAAAAUGAUUUAGACCUAUUUUCAGAUUUUAUUUCAUUACAAUUAAAUAUAUUAUAUACUUUGAAAAAUGAGCAUUUUUUUCGUAUCUGAAUUUCCUACUAGACUUAAUGUCAGUGACAUUUUUAUUUUUUUUUUAGUGCAUUGAAUCUUCCCCUGCCCCACUGUAUUCAAAAUAGAGACCUAAUAUUUGUCCAAAAAUGCUCCCCAGACAAAGACAUUUAGAGAAUUUCAAACAAGUCAUCAAGUAUAAUGAUAUCUUUCCACACCCAGAGAGGCUAAGCACUAACUGGAGAUUACAUUUUUGUACAAAUUUAGUAUCAUAGCUGCAAGACAAGAAAGAAUCAUGACAUAGCAUGAAAAAUUUUGUGUUGACUUAAAAGGAAUCACAGCAUUGCUCCUUGGUAGCUAUUCCAAGUAAUAGAAUCCAUUUUGAGUCAGGGUGAGACUAGCAUUUCUUGUAAGAGAACCGGCUUACCCCUGCCUUCUUCCUGCUGUACAGUGAUGCUUUUAUGAUCUUUCCUCUUUACUGUUCUCUGUAGUGGAGGCAUUUUGAAUGAAACCUGGCACUGCUCUCGAUUUGAAAUUGUGGAAACCAGAUCUGUUUUGUCUCCUAUUUGUAUGCAUUUGCUAAUGGUCCCUAAAUAACCACUUUUGUCCUGACUGCACCAAUUCUGAAGGCACUUUAUGUACUACAUGGAAUUCAUAUCUGUUUUUUUUUAAUAUAUCAUAAGCGUUUUAAUGUGAUGAUUCCUUCUCAUUGCACAUGUCUAUCAAUUGUGAAUUUGGCGGCUGCUGAUGUAUAAAAACCCAGAUGUAAAACUGAGCCCAGAGUCCUUUUCUCACCAAUUGUUUAUGAUUUUUUAUACAAUCACAAAGAUUAAUUUAAUAUACACUUUACCUAACCAUGUUUUCUUACCUAGGACAUGUUGCAUGCUUAAAAACUAUAUAAUGCCUGAGUUGUAUCUAUUGUGUGGUAGAUUAAAGGUAAAAGAGAGAAGACUAGUAUUUGAUCCACUUAAGUUGUUGGUCUAGUAGUAGAAUCUGCUUGAGGGUAUUUAUUUGUUGAGGUCAUUUGAUUACCAUUUGAUAGCUUUGUAAGUCUUCUUCUUUGCCCAUGGAGCUGAGCAGUUCAUCUAGUUCUUGAGAGAGUUCUGCUAUCUGUGGCCCCUUCUAUACUAGUGAAGCAAUUUUUAACCCUUAUUUCCCACUGCCCUCCCCCUAACUCUAGGACUUGACCUUUCAGUUAAUCUCUUGCCAGCAGAUGAUGGAGCAAAAAUGUAUGGGGUCAUGGGUUUUAUAUUUAUUAAGGGCAAGACAGAAAUAAUAGAGCCUCUUACGCAGCAACACCAUGACACUCAGAAAAUGUCAUCUUGCUGGGCUCUGCAAUGCUUGAGAAAGCAGGUGAGCAGUCCAUCACUGUUCAGAGCACUACAAUCUCCAGAGAUUUCUGCAGCAGGAAAGCAUUGACUCCUUUUUCCACAUUGGCCUUUGUCUAAAAAGAUAAAAAUCAAAAAACCAACAUUCUGAGUAAUUCACAAGUAGACAAUUAGUUUCUUUUUUAACCAAUUGGUGAGAAACUUGAUGGUUUUUUUUCAAUAAUAGAUCUGCCUAAUAUCUCACUCAGUUGGUGAACAUCCCUUUUGUGCAACUGCCUUAUUCCAAAAUUAAUUAUUUUUAAAGACUCAAUCCAAAGGCUGAAUUGUGCAUUGGUUACUUUUUGAGAGCUAUUACACAACUAUGGUGCUGUAUAAUCAACCUUUUCCAAGAACCUGGAUUUCUUUUGUUAUUGUUUAACUAUGAUUACUUUUUAAAAGGGUAGAUAAUCACCAGUUGCAAAAAAAAAAAAGCAGAGUAUUAGAAGAAAAACAAUUUUAUUCUGGCGAGAUAAUUUUUAAGUCUCUAAAAGGUAAAUUAAGAAUAAGAACUCCAAAAGACAUUGUUAUAUACCAUAACAAAUCUCUAGAAGACAUUAAUUGGAUAAGAGAAAACUUCAGUUUAACUCUUUCUAAAUAAUAACCUACUUGUCUUAAUGUCGAAUGAUACUUUUAUCAAACCAGGUUCUCUGACUCUCCAAAGGCUACCAUGUUUCAAUUUUUCUUUGUUAACAGUCUCAUAUCCUGUUUUUCUUAAUCAUCUUCUUGUAAUCUUCAGGAUAUAAUCUCAAAAAAACAAAUGAAGUGAAUUUGUUGCAUGAAAAGUAGAUUCUUUAGUCAAAACUCUGUGCAUCCAAGUCCGCUGUCUAUAUGACAUUAUUUGUAAAGAAGUACUAUGUUUCCUAUUCACAGAUUGUCCUUAGCAGCAAACUUUGGUCAGCAGUCUAUGGUCUUUACAACCCCUCUUUGUUCCCAAACCAGAGAAGACACUUGAUUCCUACAAAAGGCAUAGGGCUUGAAGAGACAAUCUUCCAGAAGGUAUUGCAGGUUAAGGAAUUUACUCCAAAGAAUAUAUUGUUGAAGAAUGAUUGUUGAAGCUUCUUUAGCAUCAGUUACCAUGGCUGUCCCAUAAAGUCUUUUGGUAUUUCCAUUCUUGAUCCUUAUAGGCCUGAUUGAGGAGAUUGGAAUUUCCUUCUGCCUAGGAUCAGCUUAGAAGUGUCAGUUUAGGAAUGUGGUGAUGCUUCUUGGAGUAGAGAGAUGUUAAGUUAUUUUGCUCCAUUUCAAGCUGUAUUCAAUUUCAGUGCCUUUUUAUUUUAUUUUUUCACUUUAAACUCUUAUGUUCUGAUUCAUUUGCCCUGGUUUAUUAUCUGUAGUUAGUUCCACCCUUCUUCCCUAAUAAAUCACAGAACAGUAAAGUC